AUGCUUCGCCAAUCCGCCUUUUCAUCGUCGUCCGGAUUGUCGGCGGCCUCUUCACGCGGAUCGUGCACAUACACUGACAGCAAUACACCGCUGCGCUCCGAGGCGUCUACGCUGGAACCGCUCGCAGCCGGGCUCGCGACGGCGCAGCCCAGCGCGCUCGUCACACCAGUCGUCAAUGUGCUUUCUGCAUCAGCCGUGCCGGAGCCUCAUGCCCUUCCCCUCGUGGUGUCAUGGAACGCUCGAUCACGGGGUGCGGAAAAUGUUGCACCAGGGCCGCCUGUCCGGGAAGACAAUGCGCUCACGACGACCGCCACCACCGGCGCUGGUAGCGUGGGCGCAGACGGAGAAGAGGAACCACUGUGUGUGCCGGCCACCUACUCCACUGCCGCAGACCUAGCUCCCGACGUAGCGAAUACUGACGCUGGCAGCUCAUGGUGUUUGCGAACGGUAGAUGAGGCCACGACGGAGCGCUCCGCGUCAUCCCUCGCAGACUGCUCUGGUGCACCAGAAUCAAGGACCGCAGAGCGGCUGCCGACGCAGCAGCGCCCUCAGCGGCGACGACAGCACUCGCAGCAGCUGCUGCCCACAUCACUGCCCCUUCUUCCGAUACCCGUUUCCACUACGCACACAUAUCCGCAGUCGCACCAGUCUGCUGGGCUCAGCAGGCGCGCCGCUGGCCCCUCUGAACUGCCACCGUCAUCUCACACUGCUGCUUCACUGCCACGGCCUUCAUCACCGCUCAUGACCUCAUCAGUGGCCGGCUUAUCCGCUGAUGGUCGUCGGCCAAAGCCGCAUCGACGGCGCCCGUCGCAGGCGUCCAGCGACGACAUCACCGCAAGCUCUAUGAUAACCGCGCCCUGUCGCGUGACGUCUGGAACGGCCUCGCAGUCUGAGGUGGUCCUUGCCACGUCGCCCUCGAUUGGCAGAGCGCCAGUGGCGUCGGGGUCGUCGGCAGGGGCAGCUGGAUCAGCGUCUGUCGGCUCUCCUCGCCGCUACACCGCGCUCGGCGGGGGUGGUGACCCGCGCCUCGACGCAUGGGAGAUCGACGAGGAAGUGGCGCAGCUCGCCCGCUCGCUACGCUCCCAAAUUGCUGGUCAGCCCUUCGUGCUGACGCCGCCGUUUGGGGCCUCGCCGACCGCCCCCGCUGCCGCAACCAGUCGUCCAUCCUCGUCCUACUCCGACUUCUCAACGGGUAGCAGGGGUGGCGGAGGCGGCAGCGGCCAGCGCCGCACGAGGUGCAGCCCCAGUCAUGCCGCCCCCAUGGCUGCCGCGACUACUACCGGGUUCGGGGAGGACCUGGCGGCGACCACGGCUUGCACAGCGACAGCGGCGAUCGGGCGCGGGCUUCUCGCUCUUUUGGACUCCUCCACGUCGUCCGCACAGACCUCGAUGGAUCUGAGCGGUGCUGCCCGGAGGCUCACCACGCCCCAAUACCGCCUGUCAAAGUCGCGGCAGUUAUCGCUGUCCACCUCGCAGCGGAGCCCGCCGUCGGCACAGGGCAGCCGCACGAGGCCGCAGUGCUUCCCAUCAGUGCAACCGCACCCCGGGGUAGGUGGUGACGCCGUUGCUAGGAACGACGAUGGUGUUCGCAGAGACGGUGUUGACUCCGCUGCCGCCCUGUCGCACAGCUCAGAUCCUGGACAGCAGACUCCGGCGAUGUGCUGCGAUGCUCGUCCUCUUGGAGUGCCACCAUCGUCAUCGUCGCACCUCUCCACUGUGACUGACGCCGUACCUCUGCGUGCCGCGAGGGGUUCAUGGGCAGCGGCGGAGGUAGUGACACAGACGGCUGAUGCCGAGCACAAUCAGCGUCGUUCUCGCGUUGCAGGUGACGCAGCUGCGCCGGGCCUGUGCGAAGGUUUUGAUGCUGGGCUCAGUGACGUGGCUGAGCUGCGACGCCGUCUCCUUACAGAGGACUUCUUCUCGAGCCCCUGUCGCAAACUGCGCCGCGAUGGCCGGUUCCCGUGGAAGCUGACGACCAGCGUCCUACUCUGCAUCCUGCUGCUGGUACACGUGACCUGGUAUCAGCUUCCACUGGCCUGCGCGAACGAAGCAAUGCGGCUGGCGAUUACGAAACACUUCAUGGGCGACGAUGCCUACUUCAGCAAGGACCAGGGCGACAUCGUUUCAGCGCCGACGGAGUGGAUGGAGAACCUCUACGCGUCCAUCGAGCGCUACGUGCAGGUGUACUACAACUUGACGAACGCGUCCUCCAGUGAAAUGACAUACCGCUACAACAACGCCAACCCAACGAGUUGGUGCGGGACAGGUAUCGAGCGCACUAACAGCGUAGUCGAUGGAGGCGAAGGUAACAGCAUGGCGAGAGAGGGGCAGUGGUGGUGGCGGCGACGUGGUCCGGCGGGCUGGAGGCCGUCGUUGCUGUGGAAUGCGCGGGCAGCGGCAUCACCGAGUCCGUUUAGUGACCCCGCCUCGGUUGCUGGGCCCUGCGUCCAUUCAGCCACCGCAACCGCCGCUUCUGCGUUGGGAAACUCGGAGGAGUUGCCGCCGCCGUACAUCCCUGUCUCGGUCAUCGCGCCCGUCCUGAUGCGGGUGGAGGUGGAUGUGUACUCCCGCCGGGAGGGGACCCAGCACAAGCGAGUGAAGCUAUCUCCACUGAAGACCGCCGCGCCGGUCCGCUGGCUGAGCGGCGAGGCUGCAGCCGAAAACCAUGGUGGCCAUGCUGAUGAGAGCGGUGAGGAGGCAGUGGCCGAUGCUGUGAACCUCGAGCACCGGUGGCUGACGUUCUCUGUCGACGCUGACCACCCGCUUGGCCCAUUCGCCAAGCACAAGGAGGCGGUGCGACUACUCCGUCUUGCGCGAAGGCAGGAACGGCACCGCGCCACCGAGCGCACAACGGGCGACGCCGCCGGCCGACCCGCUGAGUUCGAGGGCGCGUCCGCUACUGACGCGACUGCGCUCCCCGGCAGUGCCGGAGGCGGUUCUUGGACGGAGGUGGACGCUGCCCUCUCUGUCGUAUGCAUGCCCCGGUACGACGAUCUAUCGGGUCGCUAUUACCGUCCCUGUGCGUCCACGCAGGCGACCACGAUCAUCGGUGGCGCGGCGGCCGCUGCGGCUGGGAUGUCAACGCACAUUGUGCCAGAGUUUUCCCUCAUGGACAACGUGCGUCGCAUUCAGUUGGAGGUGACGCUGCGGCACGAGACGGACGAGGUGGACUACCUUAUCAGCGCCGCUGCAGCAGCGGCCAGUAUGGGUGGUUCUGCUGCGAAAAAGGUGGCGCGCGGUGCCAACGCGUUCAGCGUAGGUAAUCUCGAAAUCCGAAGCGCCUCCUCUUCGACAGGACGACUGAAGUCGGCCUUUGCUGCUAGUGCGUCGGCUGUCUUUCAGUGGCACGUCGUGAAGGACAUCACAGUGCACCCAGGCGGCCUCGUAGAGACGCAGCUGCACGUGAGCACGCGCGUGUGGCCGCUGGGGCUAUUGCGCAACUUCUGGACGCGGCGUCUCAUGACAGUGCUGCUGGGCGCGCUGGCCGUGCUCCAGAUUGUGCUAGAGCUGCGCGCGCUGCAGCGCAUCGCUCAGCAUAAGCGUCGACUGGGUCGAGAGCGCGCGGCGUUCCUCGCACGACAGCUGCAGUACGCGCCCAUCGGGGGCGGCGCCGAGCAUGGCGCAUCUAAGGUAUGGACGCUCCCGACCCAUACCGCCUCGCUGCAGCCUGCGAUUCUGAGCACGAAGACGACCGUAUACGAGUGGGGGAUGCCUGUUAGCCUGCCGUUCGGUCGUCCAAGUCGUCCACCACAGAGUGGUCGAAUCGCGGGGUACGCGAAGGCGACCGACAGCGCGGCCGCACGUGCGCCGGCCAACAGUUACCCGUCAGGGGUGAAGCCGUCGAACUACGGGACCAUAGAGAGCCGCCAUGACGACGACGAUCACGCUGGUAGACCAGGCAGCCACUCGGAGACGGUGCUGCCGCCGUCGCUGAUGCUAGACACCUCGCUCAGCAUCAUCGCUUCACAGGGUCAGAGCAGCUACUCGCGCAGUCGUUGUGCUUCACAAGAGGGUGCGGGAGACGCCUCUGUGCUCCCGAGCUGGCCUUGUGAGGAGGCAGCAUCGUUCUUUCCUCUGCGCAACAGUGCCGAGAGUCACCAGCACGGCUUCGACUCAAGCGUUGGCCCUCCCACUUGGAUCCCUAGCGCCCUGCGGCGGUUCCUUUUGGGGCGUCUGGCUCAACUGCUUGGCACGCCUACGUCGUCGCAGCGCGGCUCCUUUCCGAACACGCCAGUUCCAUGCACACCGGGGCACUACCCAAGAUCCGACGACGGCAGUGACAUGAGAGCCAGCGGCGCGCCCGAAUCCUUGCCGCUGCGCUUCUGCAUCAACUCCAGUGGCACUCCCGUGUCGGCUGUCGCCUCCCACGCAUCGUUCCCGCCCCCUCUCCAUGCACCCUUGACCCCGCAGCUGGCAGAGCGCAUCGCAGAGCGUAGCUACGUCGACGUGCGCACCGCGUGGCGACAUCACCUCCAACAGUCUACGGGAGCCGGCUGGCACCGGGUCGCCAUCAUCGCAGCCGCCUUCACGCUGAGCUACAGUGCGCUGCUGCUGGCUCCGCUGCUGCCGUUCGCUGAGGUGGCGCAGACCGGCGCCUACUACGCGUGGACAAGUGUGCUGCUCGGCGUCGCCGCGCUCAUGUCGUGCGUGCUGCUGCUGAGCUACCUCCGCUUCUUCCCCACGUUCUACUUUCCUGUCAUGGCUUCCAUUCACGUUGUGCCGAAGCUGUUCCUAUUCGGCAUGUGUGUGUCACCACUCUUUCUGGGCUUCGCCUUUUUCUGUGUGAUCGCCUUUGGGGCGCACUCGAACGGGCACUUCGCCACCCUCAGCAGUGCCUGCAUGGGCUUGUACUUCACCGCGUAUGGUGACUCGCUGCUUGCCACCCGGGACGUGGCAUCGGACACGCCGUAUGCCGUGACCGCCUUCUUCGCCAGCCUCCUCGUCGUAUCCUUCGUCCUCACGUUCAUGAUGAUCAUGCUGAACAUGGCGAUGACCAUCACGCAGCACGAGUGGCUGCGGCUGAGGCGGCGCUUCGGCGCCGCGCUGAGCACGUCCAGUGUGCUGUUUGCCGUGCGGAGCAGAGAGGAGGCGCGGGAGGAGGCCAUCGAGGCGGUCCGCGCCAACUUAGAAGUGCUGUGGCUCAUGUUGGGCGAAGACGAAGAAGAAGAGCGGCAGAAAACGGGAGCCGCAAAGGCACCAGCUGCCACACCGUCUACAUCCAGCGCGGACGCAGCGCGGCUGUCUCAGCCAGCCACGUCGCUCGAUCCGUCGCGCACCACAACGAUACGUGAAUCAGACGACGACGGCGCGGCGGGCGAGGAGGGUGCUGGCGGAGGGGGUGAUCAGAAACGGCGGCUUCGGCAUCGUCGGCGGUGCCACAAGCAGCGACACGCGCAUCAGAUCCGCGAAGCCGACGAUGCUCACUCCGCGGGCAGUCCCUUUCACGCGGGCCAUUGCGAUCGUACCGAAACGUUCGCCGUCGACUCCUCCUACGAGGUUUCCGCAGCCUCUACAGCACCACCGGAUUCACGGUGA